AUGGAGAGCAUUCAGGAAUCACCAAUGGAGCCAAAGAAGCCUAGCUACUGUCAUACAUGGAAACAUGACAGAGGACAGUUAGAUGAGAAUGGUCAGGUGCUCCGGAAAAGUUCUGAACAAUUCAUUUGCGAACUGGAAGAAGCCGUGGAAGAAGCCUAUGCACAGGUUUUCCAGUUUGUCUUCUUGAGCAUCCAGGAAUCUGACAGGCCGAUCCACAAAACUAAUCCUCAGCCAUCACUUUUUGACCUUAUUUUGGAGGACGUGUAUCUUUCUAUCGAGGAAGCUACAUCUACUCUUUUAGUUGUGGUUCCCGAGCUCCGUCGACUUCAACGCCAGCAAAAUCUGUAUCCAUCCUCAGACUCAGCAAAGAGAUUUCUCUGUUCUAUUAAAAACAGAAUCAGCAUCAACCAUAAAAGAACCCUCUCGGCCGCAAAAAAGAUGCACCAAAGUCUCUGCUGGGAAAGAAUUCAUAGCGCGGAACAACAGAUAAUUCUGGCUAUUCAGCAUCCUACUUAUGAUCCACGCUUGAAUUCGUGGCAGCAGUUUCUAAUGGAUGGCGCCCCUGGAAGCGGUCUCGAUGCUCGAGGUAUCUUCUACGACAAAAAGCCGGACUCACUUGCCACCCCUUCCGGGAGUUCAUCCUUUCGCAUACUUCCUCCUGGGGCUGUGUGUAUCCUAAGAGAAUGGCAUUCAAAGGCAAGAGAGACGGAGAAAAAGUGCAGAGAGACCGCAAUCCCAGGGAGCCUCUCGUCUGAUCCUUCGCAAGCAUAUACAACUCAGGAGAUUCCGACAAUGAAAGAUCAGGUGCCUUCUUUCGGUUUACGACACGAAAUGGUCCGAUUCACAAGUUCCCCAAACAUAUGGUUUCCGCAUCAGCCAGAUUUCCGUGGUUUCGCAGACGUUGCGGAACCAGCACAGCUUUCCUUGAUGAUAGAUACCCUGGAGGGAUAUGACGAACAACGCUUAUACACUGCACCUCAGACGUUUGGUACCGUUAUAAGAACCGAGCAUGCAUUUUAAACGAGCCACGUCCGGGUCAAGCCUAAUCAGGACAAUCCGAGAAUUACCAGGUCAUACAGUUCCUAAUGACUGGAUAAGUCUAUCAUAUAAACCUAGUCAUUCCGGUCCAGCCUGAACUUUAAGCUCUGUGCAUUACGGCCUAUGCGGGGCUUGCAACGAUUGUGGAUGGUUAGAUGGAUAAUGAGUCAGCUGGGACAGCAGUUCUCUUCUCUUCUCUUCUUCUUCUUUUUAGAGACGUUUCUGUUUAUUUGUA